AUGGCCAACAGCCAACCGCCCGCGACGUCCUCCACCACCACCAUCACCAUCACCACGAACAACGCCCGUGAUGCCGCCCCAUCGCUCCAGCAGAAGCCGCCCCCGAGGAAGAGGAAGUCGACUCCGCGCUCUCGAGAGGGCUGCUUGACCUGCCGCACGCGGCGUGUGAAAUGUGACGAGACCAAGCCAAAGUGCAACAACUGCAUCAGACAUCAAUCGGGCUGCACCUGGCCCGACCCGCCUCGCCGCGGCGGCGCCGGCGCAGCAGCGGCAAACGUGCCCCUGCGACCGGCGGCCGAGCAGCAGCAGCACCUCACCGUCGCCCUGCGCCCGGCCCUCACCACCUCCGCCAUCAAGCUCACCCAGAAGACGGAGCGCGCCUUCAAGUACUUCCAGACCGAGUCCGCGCGGCAGUUCGCCGGCUACUUCGACAACGACUUCUGGGCCGUCACCGUCCUCCAGCUGGCGCACGCCGAGCCGUGCGUCGCGCAGAUCCUCGUCGCCCUCGGCGCCCGCCACGAGGGCUACCGCAACGACGUCGUCGCCAGGCAGCCCGACCCGGACGCCGUCAUGCUGUGCCGCCGCGCCGACGAGGAGUACACCAAGGCCCUGCACCUGUUCAAGCGCCACAUCCACGCCCGCCAGUGGACCGACCUGCACGUCACCCUCACCUGCGCCGCGCUGUGUAUCGCCUUCGACUGGCUGCGCGGCACCGAGGCCGACGCCAACAUCCACCUGCAGACGAGCCUCAACACCAUGGCCAUGUGGCUCUCCGACACGGCCCCGCUCGCGCCCGCCGAGCGCGUCGGCAUGACCCCCGUCGACUCGCCCGAGGGCCGCUUCAUCCAGAAGGCGCUCAAGCCCAUCUUCAUCACCAUGGCGCUGCACACGCGCUCGCUGCCGUCGCCGCCGACGAUCCCCGUGCAGGUCGUCUCCGCGGAGGACGGGCACUUUGGCCCCUUCGCGACGCUGACCGAGGCGCGCGACGGGCUGGUGCUGCUGCUCGCGUACAUCUUCCCCGAGUUCAUCACGUACUACACGACGGACUUCUACGGCGACACGACGACGAUGCAGAAGGACCCGCUGGGCUCGCUGCGGCGCUGGGAGGACGCGCUGAACGAGUACCUCGCGCGCCACCCCGAGGAGUCGGCGGACCCGCGCGCGGACAUUCUGAGGUUGUGGCACAUUGGCGCGACGCUGCUCUUCCUCGGCGAGAACAACACCACCGAGGGCGAGAACUUCUACGACACGAUGGUGCCGCAGUUUGAGUACCAGAUCGGGCUCGCGGAGCGGCUGAUCGAGACGACGGAGAUCCCGCAGUGGCGAUUCAGCGUGGAUAUGGGCGCCAUCUCGUGCCUGUACCACACGGCGGUCAAGUGCCGCAACCCGGACAUCCGACGAAGGGCGAUCGCGCUGCUGAAGCGGUGGCCGCGCCGGGAGGCUGUGUAUGAUAGCCUCGCGUGCGCGGCGCUCGCGGAGGAGAUUGUCAAGAUUGAGGAGGGUGCGUUGAGGGAGGCGGCGGCGGCGGCGGAGGCGGCGGAGGAGGUGGUGGUGCGCAGCGAGGGCGACGUGCCCCGCCACGCGCGGAUAUCGGGCAAGGUAUGGUCGGAGUGCUACCGGGACGACAGCGGGCAGAGGUAUAACGAGUUAUGGGUGAGGCGCGAGGGCGAGGCGGAGUGGAGCGAGGAGCCUAGGAGGGUGGUUUGGUGA